GUACCUGCUCUUCAUUCAAACAGUUCUUUUCUCCUCUUCUGUCCUCUUCCAGUACUCCACGGACCUAAAGAAACUCUACUGUCAGAUCGCCAAGACGUGUCCGAUCCAGAUCAAAGUGCUGACCAACCCGCCGCAGGGCGCCGUCAUCAGAGCCAUGCCGGUCUACAAGAAGGCCGAGCACGUCACCGAGGUGGUGAAGCGCUGCCCGAACCACGAGCUCAGCCGCGAGUUCAACGACGGUCAGAUUGCUCCUCCCAGUCACCUGAUCCGCGUGGAGGGAAACAACCAUGCCCAGUACGUGGAGGACUCCAUCACUGGGAGACAGAGCGUCCUGGUUCCCUAUGAACCGCCUCAGGUUGGGACAGAAUUCACCACAAUCUUGUACAACUUCAUGUGCAACUCCAGCUGUGUGGGGGGGAUGAACCGGCGGCCCAUCCUCAUCAUCGUCACCCUGGAAACCAGAGAUGGACAGGUACUCGGCCGACGGUGCUUUGAGGCCAGGAUCUGUGCCUGCCCGGGUCGAGACCGGAAGGCGGACGAGGACAGCAUCCGAAAGCAGCACGUGACGGACGGCACAAAGAGCAGCGAUGCUUUCCGUCAGGUGUCUCACGGCAUCCAGAUGUCCACCAUCAAGAAGAGACGGUCCACAGACGAGGAGGUCUUCUGUCUGCCGAUCAAAGGACGGGAGAUCUAUGAGAUUCUGGUGAAGAUCAAAGAGUCUCUGGAGCUCAUGCAGUUCCUGCCUCAGCACACCAUCGAGUCGUACCGGCAGCAGCAGCAGAACCUGCUUCAGAAACAGUGAGUAUGGUUCAUCUUGAUCGUCUCUAUGAGGGACACCUCGAGGUCUCUGUCUCCAGAUCAUCCUCAGACUUUAUAGAAGAAGUGGACGUAGUCAUGGUGACGUCUCUCAUUGGUUUGU